AUGGUUGGCCUAGGGCCGAGUGAUCAAGGACGUGAUUCCUUUGAUGUGUGUAUGGUGGCACGUGAAAUUACACCGAGUGCGGUCGGCCGUGAGAGCACCGUACUGAAUGUCGGUAAUGACAUUUUUGGCCAUAUGCCAUUUAGUGUGGGCGGCCGUGAGGGCACCACGCUUAACGCCGGUAAUGGCGUUGUUGGCGAUUCGCCAUGUUGUGUGGGCGGCCGUGGGGGCACCACACCUAAUGUCAGUAAUGAUAUUGUUGGCGAUACGCCGUAUAGAGUGGACGGCCGUGAGGGCACCACGCUUAACGCCGGUAAUGGCGUUGUUGGCGAUUCGCCAUAUGGUGUGGGCGGCCGUGAGGGCACCACACCUAAUGUCAGUAAUGAUAUUGUUGGCGAUACGCCGUAUAGUGUGGGCGGCCGUAAGGGCACCACACCUAAUGUCAGUAAUGACACUGUUGGCGAUACGCCGUAUAGUGUGAACGGCCGUGAGGGCACCACACCUAAUGUCGGUCAAGACAAAAGCUCUCGUGUAGAGCGUACCAUGGUUGGUAGUAACCAUGGGGACAAUAUUGUCCCGACCCCUAAGGGGAGUAAGGUCUCGAAGAGACAAUCGAGACGCCGAGUAGCAGCUGUAAAGCACCAGGCGUCCUCACAGUCACAUCGUGAGAUUAGCAAUACACUAUAUACACUUGUUAAUGGAGUGACUGGUCAGGUUAAUGGCAACGUGAGCCUCGAAACCCUUCCAUCUGUGGACGCUCUGUGUGAGCUAGACGAAAUGUCUGAUGGCGAGUUUAGCCAGGCCUUGAAGGCAGGAGAGUUAUCCGAGUUAGCGGUCAUUAGACCUGAUACUGAGUUGAAUUCUUCCUCGUUAGUGGAUGAGUCUGUCCUAGAGGAUACAAAGGCGGCACUUAGUGCACGAAGUGGAUCUUCGAUCCUUAAAGAUCCUUUGGAUCCGUUCUAUCCUUUAGUCAAGGAAUUUCAAGAUGUGGUGUGUCACAACCCAACUUCUGCCUUACCUCCAGAUAGAGGUGUACGUCAUGAGAUUGACUUGGUUCUUGGAACUAAAUACUGUGUAACACGGCAGUGGCCUUUGCCUAAAGAACAGUGCGACGUCAUUGACGAUUUCUUUCGUGCUAAGCACGCGGCUGGAAUGGUUCGUGAGAGUAAAUCUCCCCAUUCAACACCGAAAUUUUGUGUCAAAAAGCCAAAUGGCAAGUGGCGUAUUGUGCAUGCUUACAAUAAGCUUAACGCAGCCACUAUACCGGCGCAGACGCCUAUUCCUAGAAAGGAUGUUCUUCAGAACAAUAUGACGGGAUGUACACUGUACAGUGCACUCGACUUAGUCGAUGGUUAUUACCAACUGCUCAUGCGAGCAAGCGAUAUUCCGCUAACAGCGGUGAGUACUCCGAGCGGUAUGCUUUGGGAGUGGCUCGUUAUGCCGCAAGGGCUAUCUAACGCCCCGGCUACAUUUAACCGGUUGGUAACGCAUCUAUUCAGACCUCAUCGAGGCUAUGCACAAACGUACUUUGAUGACAUUUGUGUCCAUAGUCGUGCAAUGAAUGGGCGAUCAGAUGUGGAUAACCACCUUGAUCAUUUACGAGCUGUGCUCGAGUGCAUGCGAACGAAUAAGCUGUAUGCGAACGCAUCGAAGUGCAUCUUUGGUGCAGAAGAGAUUCCCUUUCUAGGGUGCUUCAUUGGGAAGCGAGGCCUUCGAGCGGAUCCCGCUAAGGUAAAAGCCAUAGUCGAUUGGCCAGUCCCCAAGAACCAAAAGGACUUGCGUAAGUGGCUUGGCCUUGCCAAUUACUUACAUAAGUACAGUGCAAAUUACGCAGAUAUGGCUCGGCCAUUGUCCAAUCUCCUUAAAAAGGAUGUGGGUUGGUGUUGGGGUAACACCGAACAUAAUGCUUUUGAAGCAGUUAAGGAGAGUCUCCUUCAUGCGCCAAUAUUGGCUUUGCCCGAUUCUGGUCGGCCUUUCAGUGUCGUCUGUGACGCAUCUGACUUUGCCGUAGGCAGUGCUCUGUUACAAACAGAUGUCGACGGACGCGAACGCGUCAUCGCAUUUGAAUCUCGACAGCUGAAAGCUGCUGAAAAGAACUAUCCUGUUCAUGACAAAGAGCUACUUGCUAUGAAGUACGCUCUUGUCAAAUUCAGAGUCCAUCUGCUUGGCUCCAAGCCGUUUGUGAUCUAUACCGAUCAUGCGUCAUUGCGCACUGCGACACAGUCGCCUCACCUCUCACAGAGAAUGGCUCGUUCGCUUUCUUUCUUUGCCGAAUAUAACUUCGAGGUGAAGUACAAGCCAGGUAAACAAAACGCUUUGGCUGAUGCGCUAUCGCGUCGACCUGACUAUGAGCUUGCUCAUGCUACGACCCUGUCGUCGUCAGUCCCUGACUUAAUUCGUGCGGCAUAUGCCAAGGACGAUUAG